AUGCCGCCGAAGUAUACAAUGUCCGACUCCGAGUCUGAAGCUGAGAGUCAGGUACUCAACGCUCCCUCUGACCAGACUCUUGAGAGGAGUCUUCGCGACCAAGUGGCUGCAAUCUUCAAGUCGGGGAACAUGGAGGAAUUGACUGUGAAGCGUGUACGACUUGCGGUGGAAGCUACAUUAGGUCUUUCAGCUGGGUACUUUAAGUCUACAGAUGAUUGGAAAGCGCGGAGUGAGAAUAUAAUCAAGGACGAGGUGGAAAUACAAGAUCAGGCGAUACAAAAUCCACAAUCCUCUCCUCUUCCAAAGCCUAAGCCUACUGCCCCUGCGAAGCGAGCAAAAUCCGAGACCGCGCCAAAUUCUAGGAAGCGCCAGAAGACUAAGACGCCAGUGCCCGACGAGGAAGUUGAGCUAUCAGUCCCGUCGGACGACGAGAGUGACGAGGUCACAAAGCCUAACAGUCGAUCCAAAGCACCAGUGAAGGAGUCGCCGAUGAAGAAGUCCUCAAUGAAGAAGGUCUCCGUGCAGAAACCCAAGAAAGAUAUGUCAGACGCUUCUGAUUUAUCCGGUAAUGAGAGUGAUGACGACGAUGUCACAAAACCAAAGAAACGCUCGAAAGCGCCAUUGAAGAAGUCGCCAGAGAAGAAGGCAUCUGUGCGAAAGGCCCCCACGAAGGAAGCAUCAGACGCGUCCGAUGUUCCCGAUGAACCCAAUAGAGAUACCAAGGAUGAUUCCGAAAGCGAGAUGUCGGUGGUGCUUGACGAAGAACCUCAGCUUAAGGCUCCCCGCAAGCGACAGAAAACUGCUGGGGGAACUGCAACCAAGACGAAGAAAACUUCCAAAGCCAAGGAUGAGGAUAUUAGCCCGGACCAGGCUGAAAUCAAACGACUGCAAGGAUGGCUCAUCAAAUGCGGGAUCCGUAAGCUAUGGGGUAAAGAGCUGGCGUCUUAUGACACCUCCAAGGCCAAAAUCAAGCAUCUCAAGGGGAUGCUGGAGGAUGCUGGAAUGACUGGCCGGCCAUCCCAAGAGAAGGCAAACCAGAUCCGCGAAGAACGGGAGCUGAAAGCAGAUCUAGAGCAGAUCCAGCAAGGCGCAAAGCAAUGGGGUGCUAAGAGUGACGAGGAGAAUGAUGAGGAUUCGAAACCUCGGCGUAGGCCGAAUCGAGGGCGACAGUCGCUUGCGUUCUUAGAGAGUGAGGGCGAAGAGACCGAUUGA